AUGCUGAAGACACGGCGCAGGGGGCUGGCCACGCUAAGAGAUCAGCAGCGCCGGCGGAUCUUAACUUCCUCCUUGGAACCAGGCAGCUAUGACAAGCUCUAUAAAUGCCAUUUCCAGGAUGAGCUUCGUUGUGAGGUGGCCAGCUUUGGGGAAAAGAUUCCAAAGCUAAAAAACUUCCAGCCUGGUAUAGCUAUUGCUCAAAGUUCGGAGCAGAUUCUGGCGUGUCUCCAGCAGAGACGGCGCCAGCGACGCCAGGCCACGGAAGAGCUGAAUGGGAUUUGUGUCCUGCUUGGACCUCAUUUCCAAGAGAAGGCUUUGGUGAACCUUACAGACAUCAUUGAAACUAAAUUAAGCCAAAGCGAGCACGUGCGCCAAAGAAGAAGCAACGAUGGGAAUGGUUUUGGUGGCUUCCACAUCAACAGCUGGCGUCCCACGACGACUGGGCCUUGCCGUAGCCGAGACGAUGCUCAGGACUGCAAUGACAGAAGCUCUACAAUUGGCAGCAAAAUCCUUGGCACUAACAACAACAACAACAAUAACAUGGGAGAGAAGCAGAAGGAAGAAGAGGAUGAAUCCUGUACGUUGAGGCACAGAGCAGGAUCCAUUUAAGUUUCCAAAUGCAAAAAAACUGUGGGAGGCGAUCGAUCGUACUCACGGGGACCUCUGAGCAUGUACUGAAUGCAUAGUUUGUCAUUGACAAAAAGCCACCGUCCUCACCCAUCUGGCAUUAGGGGCAGGCGCCUGGU